AUGCGUGUGGUCAAGUCGACUCUGGGCGAGCUGCAGAGUGUGUGGGUUCGCAGAAGUGAAUCGUCCGACGCUGAGAGCAUAAACUCUCUGCUGCAGCUGAACCACUCCUCUGUGUCUGUGUUUGGGAGAGUCAACGUCAUCCACAUGCUGGAGAAGGCGAUUCUGGCCGUGUCUCUGCUCAGUGACAGAGAUGAGCUUUUGGCGCACGCCUCCUUCUCUGACCACCCCAUUGGAGACUUAGUGGAUCAGGCCGAGUGGGAGCCAUUUGUCCAGCACAUCUCCGGCUCCAAGAAGUACAAGCCGAUGAAUACUCUGUUCCUGCAUCUGUUUGUAUCUGAGCCCACGUUUGCUGUGGCCAGUUCUCUGGAGAUUAUGAGGGCCAUGUUCUGUGCUGUUCCAGAGCUGCAGUUUGUCCUCCUGCUCAGCCCUCACCUCCAUGACCUGGAUCCAGUCCUGGUGGAGAUGUUUGAGCCUCUUCAGUUACACACUGAGCUAAACUAUGUGGCUCAGGUUUGUGUCAGGGACCAGUACUGCCCCAAGCUCACCAUCCGCCCGGCCAGGGUGGAGGACCAUGACGAUGUGAUGAAGGUCUUUUUUGAACAGACGAAGCUCCAGACGCUCGUGGACAAUCCGUUUUUUCUGACGGAGCUAAUCGAGACCCAGAAUGAGCUGCAGCACACGGCUGUUUGUGAGAGUAACGGAGUGGCUGUGGGUUUCAUCAGUGUAACUAUGAAAGUCAGCGUGAAAAGUCUGCUUCAACAGUACGACCUGAGCGAGUGUGAGGGCGCUUUCACUGUUCAGUUCUUCGCCAUCGACAAGAACUAUGAACCCAGGUCUGUGGACUUCCUGCCCUACCUCUUCAGACUAUUCCCUGAUCGAGACCUGUGCUUGGUCACCGUGCCAACGCUUGCCCCAGAAAUGCCUCUGCUCCACAACUUCACCAGAAUGUUCCCUAAAGACAUGUGCGCACCUGCCCACGAGCUGUACGGCCUGCACCGCAUCGCACUCAGGCCAGUGCAGGUGAGGCGGGCCAUUCCCUCAGACAGAGAAUUGAUCCAGGAUUUGGUUCGAGGUCUGGACCACAAGGACUUCCUGCUUCAGGAUCUGGACCAGUUUUACCUGACUGAGACUGACCAGCACAGCAUCAUGCACAGCAUCAUGCACAGCAUCAUGCACAGCAUCAUGCACAGCAUCAUGCACAGCAUCAUGCACAGCAGCAUGCACAGCAGCAUGCACAGCAGCAUGCACAGCAGCAUGCACAGCAGCAUGCACAGCAGCAUGCACAGCAGCAUGCACAGCAGCAUGCACAGCAGCAUGCACAGCAGCAUGCAUACAAUCCACAUCAAUAUUUGUCUUUUAGUCCUGAACAGAGUUCCUCUCCAGUGCUUCGUGGCUCAGGUCGGGACUCAACUGGUCGGGGUUGUGGUCAUCAGAGACGAACAGGAGGUGGAGUUCCUUCGGGCUCACUACAACAUAGAGAACUUCAUCUACUUCAGUCACCACUCGUACCAGGAGCACGCCGCCCUCCUCCAUUUUGUCCUGCGCUCGACUGUGCGCCACUGCUGCCACCUGCUGUUCAGAGAGGUGCUGCGACUAAGCCACAAGUCCUGCCUGUAUCACCGAGAGUACCCCCCAAACAGUCCUGUCAAAAAGACUUCCUGUAUAAACCCUCUGGACUUCCUCCUGGACCGUGCCGUUCCUGUCAAACCCCGACCUCAGAUGGACUAUCCCCUGGAGGAGCUGGGCAUCAAUGCGCCAUCCAAUCAGAUCACAGACCCACAGGCCCCCUUUGCACUGCUCCUCAAUCAGCAGAAAGCUCACUCUGGAACAGAAAGGUGGUGGUGAACGCACGGGAUCACCGUCUGUGGAGCCUCAGAAACUGGACUGAGUCUACUCGAGACCCUCUGCUGCUGCCCUCACCUCCGCUUCAACAACCUGACCCUGGUGUCCACGCACGGUUUCCAUGGAGAUGCAGAGGACGAGAUGCGCUUCCUCUCAACCAGUCACGCCUUCAGCAGCAGAGAUGUGGCGCUCCUCCCUCUGUCCUCUGUGAAGACGGUCUGUGGGAAAGUGGUGUCCAUCGACAGGAAGUCCAAACAUGUCCAGGUGUGCUCCGACAGGAAAUCCACACCUGUCCAUGUGCCCUCUGGUUACUGGCUCUCGUAUGACAUCUUGGUCCUCUGCUCCGGUCUGCAGUAUCAGGUGCCCUUUCUGCUAGGCUCAGGCCCUGUGCCGCCAAACCUUUGGACUCUAGAGGACCCUGAGGACCGAGUGAGGGCCAGACUCUGGGUCCAGGAGCAGCUCAGACACGGCCACGAGCACAUUGUUGUAUACGGAGACAAUAUCGAUGCUUUCACCACCGUGCACGCCCUCCUCUCUCUGGGACUCACUGGGCCUCAGAUCCACCUGGUCCUGGCGCCAUCUGAGUCCGGAUCCUGGCUUCUGGACCCAGCUGUGGACCAGGCUGUGGAUCUGAACCUGGAGAAAGUCCAAGUCCAGGUCUACAAGAACUAUGUGCUCCAGAACAUCAGGAUUCAGGAGAACCAGGUCACCUCCGCUACUUUCAACUACAAUGGCGAGAUCAUCGAGAUCUGCUGUGGGGCUCUGGUGACCCUCUCCUGUCGUGGUCUUGACCCCAGCAUGCUGCGCUCUCUCCUGGACUCGUUCUUGGUGGUGGACGGGCGUCUGGUGGUGGACCGCUGCUUCCACACCUCUGACCCCAGGAUUUGGGCGGCCGGACCUAUCACCAAGUUCUCCAGGAGGUACCACAGCGAGGAGUGGUGCCACCAGCGCUUCUGCUCCGGAGAGGUGGGACAGGACUUGGCUCGUCAGAUCCUGCUCUUGUUCGACCCAACAGUAGAGCCCAGAGAAGAGAGCGAGCUCCUGCCCAUCUAUAAGAGACCUAAAGUCACAGGAGGAACUCUGCCUGGAGGACUCCACUUCCUCCAUGUGACCAAGCCCACGCCCACCAAGCACAGCACUGUCCAAUAUUUGAAGGAUUCUGCUCUGGUGACUGGUCGUGCAAACUUGGGCUCGUACUUUCGUCUGCAGCUCGGAGACUCUGAGCAGGUGGAGUCUCUCACCUGUGCAUCCUUCAAGCCCCUCCCCCUCCACAACCUCCUCUGUCUCUAUGGGCAACAGCAAAGCCUACUGGGAAACCUGAGCACGCGCUUCAGCCUGGGACAGGUGCCCGACCUCUACAGUUUCUUCAGGCAGAGCUGGUGUUUGGCCAUUUUCCAUGAUCGAUUCAGUGAUUUCCAACAGGAGCUCCGGGCCAUGGCUCACCACUCUGCCACUGACACAAAGGUUUUGGACGCUGAACCCAGAGCCAUGGUCGGAGGUGCUGUGGUCAAGUAUGUGAGCUACAACAGAAACCUGCUGCCCAUGUUCGCUCUGCCUGGAGAACUCUGA